CUAAAACAUGUUUCUUCAUUGCAGGAAUUGUUGACACAACUCUUCAAUUUAUUCGAUCAGGAACGAAAAGAAAAGCUACACCAAGAACAUUGGAUAGAAUUUUUAAAACAGCGAUUGACAAAUGAAACGCAAAUCGAUUUCGCCGAACAAUUGGAAAGUGUGGCGUUCUGCCUUUGCGGGGAUGAUCCGAUAACUUUAGAGUACUUUUAUCAAAUUUUCCAAACGAAGGGGAUCACCGAGAAACUCUAUAGAUUAAUUGAUAAAGGAAAUAUCGGAAGUAUUACGCCUGAAGAAAUUAUGGAGUUUCUAGCAGCCGUAACAAACACAAGACCCCGAACGGGUUUUGAUAAAGGAAGUUUAGAAUGGCUCGAACAGCUCUUCAGGCAAACGGUUGGCAAUGAAAAGGAAAUUAGAAGAGAAGAAUUUGAAAAAAUUGUCGUUUCGAAAAAUCCGUUCUUCACGGAGCGGGUGUUUCACAUUUUCGAUAAGGAUAAUUCGGGCACGAUUUCCCUUCAAGAAUUUCUGGAUGCAAUGCACCAGUUCGCCGGCCAGUCGCCCGAGGACAAGAUACGUUUUCUGUUUAAAGUAUAUGAUUUGGAUGGGGACGGUCUGAUUCAGCACAGAGAGCUUCAGCACGUUAUGAGAGCGUGCAUGGAGGAGAAUGGAAUGCAGUUCAGCGAGGAACAAAUUGAGGAAUUGACGGUGGCCAUGUUUGAGGACGCCGAUACAAAAAAUCGCGGUACUAUAACGUAUGAGGCACUCAAGGCGCAGCUCGAGAAACAUGGUGGACUUUUGGAAAAUUUGUCUAUAAGUAUCGAUCGAUGGAUGGUUCCGCCCAAACCAAACACCUCGUCAACGUCUUAUAUUAGAAAGUUGAUGUCAUACAGGCCGUAUCAGUUGACAAAGCCUUACGUAAAAAAUAAUUACGUCUUCUUAGUAUUUAUGGCUGCGUUCUUUUUCGUAAAUUUUGCCUUGUUUAUUUCGAGGGCAGUCCAAUACCGAAAUACAAAUUUUUACAUGAUUGUAGCUAGAGCAUGUGGACAGUGUCUAAAUUUCAAUUGUAUGUUUGUCUUGGUUCUAAUGCUACGACAGUCAAUAACAUUUCUUCGAUCUCGAGGAUUCAGUGCUGUUCUUCCAUUGGAUCAGCACAUUUAUUUUCAUAAACUUACCGGCUGUUUAAUUUUCUUCUUUAGUGUUUUGCACACGAUUGCUCACCUCUGCAACUUUGCUGUUGUCGUGGUUAACGACCCGGAAAUUAACUCGAACAAUUUUACAACUUCCGAGUGGAUUUUCACGAGUAAACCUGGUUUGUUUGGGUUGGUAGGUGGCAUAGCUAACCCAACAGGGAUCGUCUUGGUGAUCAUACUUUUGAUAAUGUUCGCUUGUUCGCAAACCUUUGUAAGAAGAGGAGGUUCAUUUGAGGUUUUCUAUUGGACGCAUUUGCUUUACGUUCCGUUUUGGAUUCUACUUAUUUUCCACGGGCCAAAUUUUUGGAAGUGGUUCAUCUUGCCCGGCGUUAUGUACUUGGCGGAGCGACUCUUACGACUGGCCUGGAUGAAAAGUAAAAGGGGUAAAACUUACAUCAGUUCUGGUUUAUUGUUACCAUCCAGGGUGACGCAUUUGGUAAUUAAGCGCCCCGCACAGUUCGACUUUCAUCCCGGAGACUACGCAUUCGUUAAUAUCCCAGCUAUUGCGAAAUACGAAUGGCAUCCAUUUACUAUAAGCAGUGCACCUGAACAGGAAGAUUACAUGUGGUUACAUGUUAGAGGUGUUGGAGAGUGGACGAAUAGAUUAUAUGAAUACUUCGACAGGGAACAGCAAAAGCUGCAUAACGGCGAUAUUUCACCGCACCCGCCACCUAAAACGGAACCGGAAAAGAAGCGCCUGUCAAACGGAAGUAUUAGUAGUCAAAGCCCUAUUAAGAAAUUACAAGCUACAUUCACCAGAACAUUUUCAAAUGGAGAAGUAAACGGAAAAGGUGGCCCUCAAUUGAUUGGCUAUACAAACGAAUCGUUUGAAUCUGAUAAUGGUCCCAUAUCAUCGUCACAAGGAGAGUUAAAUAAUCAUGCUUCGUCUAGUGGAACUGAAAUGAUGACGUAUUCGCGGCCGAGGAGAUUAACACCGGAUAAGAAGCUUCAUCGACUUCUUCUAUCUACAAAAGUUCCGUUGGAGAAGUCGUUGUCUAUGCCAGACAUGCAAACGAAGGACAAAAAACGGGAACGGUUAAAAGCCUUGCGCGAGUACAUGCGUUCGGAAUCAGAAAAGAGCUUCGAUGAGUGCCAAAUACGACGCGCCCGAUUGAAAUCUCUGGGAUUGGCCUACUUGAGUCCUCAAAACAAGUCUCUUGCUCAAAGUUUCCGUUACAUGAGGAACAAGCCGACAAUUAUCGCGUUUAAGACUCCCAGCCUUGAAAACUGCGAACAGAGAAAUUCGAGUAGCUCAUUGGGUUCAGUAGGUCGGCAAAUUAGUGGCUUUAGCCUUGCUUCAAGUAUGGAACGGCAAGCUGAGGAGGGUCUCAUCAAUAUAUUAUCUAUGGGUUCGCCAAAUGCGACCUUUUUAAAACCAGUAAAUUAUCCUGUAGGAAAACCCUUAGAAAUCUACCUGGAUGGCCCAUACGGAGCACCGUCGAGUCAUAUUUUUAGAGCCCAACACGCUGUGUUAAUAGCAACUGGUAUCGGUGUAACACCUUUUGCGUCAAUUCUUCAGUCAAUUAUGCACCGCUACUGGAAAGCGAGGCACACCUGCCCUAAGUGUAAAUUCGCAUGGGCUAGUGAAAUACCCGCCUCAGUGAUGAACCUUCGCAAGGUCGACUUCUUUUGGAUCAAUCGAGAUCAACGUUCAUUUGAAUGGUUCGUAAACUUACUGUCCCAAUUAGAAAUCGAACAAGCCGAACUGGGUAGCGCGAUGGAAAGGUUUCUUGAAAUGCACAUGUACAUUACAAGCGCGCUCCAAAAAACUGAUAUGAAAGCCGUAGGUUUACAACUGGCGUUAGAUCUGCUACAUGAAAAGGAAAAACGUGAUUUAAUUACGGGAUUGAAAACGAGAACGAAUGCCGGGCGGCCAAACUGGGAUAAGGUUUUUAAACAAAUUCUUGAUCAGAAAAAAGGAAAAGUUACCAUUUUCUACUGCGGCCCUCCUCAGCUCGCCAGAAUUUUGAGAGUAAAGUCAGAUCAGUACGGAUUUAGUUUUAGAAAAGAGGUCUUUUAGUCGUCAUAAAUUCUUUAACAGCAAAAAUUUGUAUUUAUUUAUUUCAAUGUAAAUAUUUCUAUUUAUUUGUACAUAUCUUUAACGUGUUUUGUUUAUUAAAUUAUGUACCUAAUUCGAAUACGCAAUGUAUGUAUUUUGUUCUGUUUUGGUGGGAUUUUGAGUGGAGGGCAGGAUUUCUUUCUUCUUGUUAUCAUGAAAAAUACUUGGAGCUCUGAUUGCUUUAGUAAACUAACCUUCCGCAGUUAAUUCUCCUCGCCAACACGAAAAUAUAUAAAAAAUCAGCACUCCGGUUAAGUUUAAAUCAAUCAGUCACCAAAAGAUAAUGGAAUUUCUUUCAAAAACAAGAAGUGGACACUCGUAUCGUUCUUUACUUCACCGACUCGUCAAGCAUUGAUCAAUACCUAUAGGUAACACCUAAGCUAUCAAUUGGAGCAAACUGGAUUUUCGAAAAAAGACAUUAUUUGAACCAAUUUGCUUACAGCUGAUUGGGAUAAUUAUU